UCCAUUGUGCCCCAGGCUGAAGAGAAAUUCACUCAAAGCCGUAAACAGCAGGCUCUCUCUUCUCUCUUCUCUCUUCUCUCUUCUCUCUCUCUGUCUCUCUGUUUUUGGGUUUUCUUAUCCUAGAGCAGGGAAGCAAGCAUGCGACCUCCAAGGGGCGGCGGCGGUUUCAGGGGUAGAGGCGGUGGCCGCGGUUGGGAUAGGGGUGGACGUUUCGGUGGCCGGGGCGGCGGCGGGGGACGCGGUGGAUUUCGCGACGAAGGACCUCCUGCUGAAGUCGUAGAGAUUUCCACAUUCCUUCAUGCUUGUGAGGGUGAUGCCGUAACCAAGCUCACAAAUGAGAAAAUACCUUACUUCAAUGCCCCUAUUUAUCUUCAAAACAAGACACAGAUAGGGAAGGUUGAUGAAAUAUUCGGUCCCAUCAAUGAGUCUUAUUUUUCAGUUAAGAUGUUGGAAGGCAUUGUGGCGACUUCAUAUUCUGUUGGGGACAAGUUUUACAUUGACCCGGCAAAGCUUUUGCCAUUGGCAAGAUUUCUUCCACAACCAAAGGGACAGCCACAAGCUGGUGGUAGAGGUGGUCGUGGGGGAGGCAGAGGUGGUGGUCGUGGUGGUGGACGAGGUGGUGGCUUUCGUGGCAGGGGUGGUCCAAGAGGUGGAAGAGGUGGCCCUCCUAGAGGUGGUGGUCGUGGUGGUGGUUUUAGGGGGCGAGGAAGAUCAUAGACUUGUGUGUGAUUUCUCUACUGGUUUUCAUCUUUUUCACCUGUCACUCCAGUACACCUUUAUGGGGCACCGGAGUGCAGGAGGAUGUUAUUUUUGGGGACUCAUGCUCAGUGAUUGUUAGAAGUUGUGUUUAAUAGCAUUUUAUCAUUUACAAAUUACAAUUUUCAGCCUGCAUCCAUAACCUACUUGUCCCAAAAAAGAGCAGAGAAUUGUAGCAUGAAGCGCAUGCCAAUAUCAAAAUGUAUUUCUUUGCUCGAAGAAUGCAGACUCCCAAGAGGGGGAGGUACAUUAGAUACAUGGGAUUGAAUGCCAUUUACAGUAAGAGAUUAAACAGAUUAUGGUA